AUGUCGGGGGGCGCCGCAGAGAGCGGCACUCCAGCCCCUCGCUUCUUGGCUCCCCCACCACCGCCGCCCAAGAACGGUUCCAGCUCGGACAGCUCCGUCGGGGAGAAGCUGGGAGCCGCCGCAGAGCACGGAGCCUCCGGAGCCGGCGGAACAAGCGGCGGAGCAGGGUGCGGAGGCCGUAGUGAGGAGUACCGGCGCCGUCGCCACACCAUGGACAAGGACAGCCGAGGGGCGGCAGCCACUGAGCACCGCUUCUUCCGCCGUAGCGUGAUCUGCGACUCCAACGCUACGGCCUUAGAGCUACCCAGUUUGCAGCCCGCUGCGUCCUCGGCUCCUGUCUCGGGAGGCAGUGCCGCGCCGUUGGCCUCUCCCCCGGAGGGUGCUAGCCGGACCUCUUGCAUCGCUGUCAGCGCCACCCAGGCCCCCUCGCUGCUGCAGUCGCAGCCGCUGCCUGCCCCGCUUACCCAGGAAGGACAGUCCGCUCAGGAGCCUGCUGCCACGAAGGAUGCCACCCCGCUGCUGCCCAAGGAGGAGGAGGACGAGGCAACCGCGCUACCCCCCACCAGUGCCGCUGGCAGCGCGUCAGCUGCUAGCCGGGAAUUUGAGGAACGGAGAGCAGCACAGCAGGAAGACAUCGAGGAGCUUGAGACCAAGGCAGUGGGCAUCUCUCCGGAUGGCCGCUUCCUGAAGUUUGACAUCGAGAUUGGAAGAGGCUCUUUUAAGACUGUGUAUAAAGGUCUUGAUACAGAUACCACUGUGGAAGUCGCCUGGUGUGAGCUGCAGGAUCGGAAGUUGUCCAAGUCAGAGCGACAAAGAUUUAAAGAAGAAGCUGGGAUGCUGAAAGGGCUUCAACAUCCCAAUAUUGUCAGGUUCUAUGAUUCCUGGGAGUCCACAGUCAAAGGAAAAAAGUGUAUUGUUCUUGUGACAGAACUCAUGACAUCUGGAACAUUGAAAACCUACCUGAAAAGAUUUAAAGUGAUGAAGAUUAAAGUGCUCCGGAGCUGGUGCCGGCAGAUCCUGAAAGGCUUGCAGUUUCUACACACCCGCACUCCUCCCAUCAUUCACAGAGACUUAAAAUGUGACAACAUCUUCAUUACUGGCCCCACUGGAUCUGUCAAGAUUGGAGACCUUGGUCUGGCAACCCUGAAACGAGCUUCUUUUGCCAAAAGUGUGAUAGGUACCCCAGAGUUCAUGGCCCCCGAGAUGUAUGAGGAGAAAUAUGAUGAAUCCGUUGAUGUAUAUGCUUUUGGGAUGUGUAUGCUAGAGAUGGCCACGUCUGAGUAUCCUUAUUCCGAGUGCCAAAAUGCUGCGCAGAUCUACCGCCGAGUGACCAGUGGUGUCAAGCCAGCCAGCUUUGACAAAGUAGCAAUCCCUGAAGUGAAGGAGAUCAUUGAGGGAUGCAUCCGGCAGAACAAAGGUGAAAGAUAUGCUAUUAAGGACCUUUUGAACCAUGCUUUCUUCCAAGAAGAGACCGGAGUGCGGGUAGAGCUAGCAGAAGAAGAUGAUGGAGAAAAAAUUGCUAUUAAACUCUGGCUGCGAAUUGAAGACAUCAAAAAACUCAAGGGCAAAUAUAAAGAUAAUGAGGCAAUAGAGUUUUCCUUUGACUUGGAGAGAGAUGUCCCAGAGGAUGUAGCACAGGAAAUGGUGGAGUCUGGCUAUGUCUGUGAAGGGGAUCACAAGACCAUGGCAAAAGCUAUCAAGGACAGGGUGUCUCUGAUUAAGCGAAAGCGAGAGCAGCGUCAGCUGGUGCGGGAGGAACAGGAGAAGAAGCUUCAGGAAGAAGGUAGUCAGAAGCAGCAGCUGGAGCAACAGCAACCAUCAAGUGCUUCCCAAGCAGGGUCAAAGCAUUCCCCAUCUGUCACUGCUGGUACUACUGUCCCUGCUACUUCAGCAUCUGUUUCUACACAAGUGGAGCCUGAAGAGCCAGAAGCUGAUCAGCACCAACAGCUGCAGUUCCAGCAACCCAGUAUAUCUGUUCUCUCUGAUGGGACAAUUGACAGUGGGCAAGGGUCCUCUGUUUAUACGGAAUCAUGUGUGAGCAGUCAGCAGACCGUUUCCUAUGGCUCUCAGCAUGAUCAGUCUGUCCCCACGGCCACGGUGCAGGGAUACGCAGCUCCAGCCGGCCAAGUGCAGUUGCAGCAACAUGGAGGCUAUCAGCCACCUGCAGCGAUUCAGCAGACACAGGUGCAAGGCCAGCCAGCCUCGAGCAGUGCAUCGGUACCAUCCCAGGCUGCCCAGCACACUCAGCAGAAUGCACAGCAGCCAGCCUCGUCCCAACAGCCUGGACAAUACCAGCUGCAGCAGCCAUCUGUUUCUGCUGGUGCCACUUCCACACAAACUGUAUCCCAAACUCCAUCUUCACAGAUUAUGCCAAUGCCUCAGGCAGCAGCUGGGACACAGGGUACUCAGGGAGUCUCACAGACUGCACCUUCAGAGACUCUUCCAGCAACACAGCCUGCUCAAUCUACUCCUCUGGCUUCCUCUGUAGACAGUGCACAUUCUGAUGUUGCUUCAGGAUUGAGUGAUGGCAAUGAGAAUGUUCCAGCUUCCAGCGGCAGGCACGAAGGGAGGACGACGAAACGUCACAUGCGGAGGUCUGUCCGCAGCCGCUCUCGCCAUGAGAAGACUGCUAGGCCGAAACUGAGAAUUCUAAAUGUUUCAAAUAAAGGUGAUCGAGUAGUGGAGUGCCAGCUGGAGACACACAACCGAAAAAUGGUUACUUUCAAAUUUGAUUUGGAUGGUGACAACCCGGAGGAAAUAGCUUCUAUUAUGGUGCAGAAUGAGUUUAUCUUAGCAAUCGAAAGAGACUCCUUCGUGGAACAGGUACGAGAGAUUAUCGAGAAGGCAGACGAGAUGCUGAGUGAGGAUGUCAGUGUGGAGCCAGAAGGUGAUCAGGGUUUGGAGAGCAUGCAGACAAAAGAUGAUGGCUUCUUUCCAGGGUCACAGAAAUUAGAGUUCAAACAGCCAGAUCCUACAUCUUCCAUGCCACAAAGAAUAGGGGUUCCUCCAAACUCUUUUACCCAGGUUGUCCAUUCAGCAGGAAGACGGUUCAUUGUCAGCCCUGUCCCUGAGAGCAGGUUAAAAGAGCAGGGCUUUUUCACAUCUGCUGUGCCUGGAGGACAAGAAACUCCAGAUAUUGUUGCUGCAUCUCCACUACAUGGUCCUGGAAUGAAUCUCUCCCACUCAGCAUCAUCACUGAGCUUGCAGCAAGCUUUCUCUGAGAUGGGACGUGCUCAGAUGACAGAAGGACCCAGUACAGCUCCUCCAGUGUUCAAUCAAACAAUGCCACCGUUUCCACCUGCACUUUCUACCAUGGCAGGCAGUGGUGCACCUCCUGCAUCUAUGGCUGCUGCUUCAGUAUCUGCUCCCUCCAGCACAGGUGUUUCUCUUCCUGGAUCUGUUACUUUGCCUUCAGAAAGUGCUGUUGGAGCUGCACCAAGCACAAGUGUGCCAAGCUCUGUCUCUCCACCUCCAGCCUCACAAUCUGGACAGCAAUCAACUGGUGUCCCUUCCAGUGCGAGCGCCCUUGAUUCUUUCUCCCUACCUACCACAUCCCAGCCUGCUCAACCAGUAACUGGAGACAUUGCCCCCAGUAUCAGCACACCCUCAUCUACCCAGGUUCCUGGUGUCACUGGUGUUGCACCAGCUGUGACGUCUCAGUCUUCUCCACAGAUUGUGAGUAGUAUGGCAGCACCACAGAUAUCUGUUGCCCUGUCUCUAGCUCAGGGUGGGACUUUGCAGCUGCCUCAACUUAGUAGCAGUAGCUCUGUCUCCAGUCUGGCAGAAACAACAGUUGUAAGUGCUCCGCAGUCACUGCCUGAGAGUGGGCAGUCAGUGGAUAAAUCACAGCUCUGCAGCACAGCUGGUUUGUCUCUCCCAAUCUCUGCACCUUUAUCAUCCUCAGUAGCAACCAGUGUGUGUGGUUCAGUCAGCCAGCCAGUGAUACAUCCCUUGCUUGUCCCAUCAGGAAUUACAUCAACACCUGUCCUACCCCAGAUUCCAGGUGCAACACCCAUGUUGCCCCAGGUUCCCUUACCUGGUGUCUUGCCACAACCGGUCACUAACGUACCUGCAGUACAGCAAACUUUGAUACACAGCCAGCCUCAGCCAGCUCCAUUACCCAAUCAGCCUCAUGUUCACUGCCUGGAGGCUGAUGCUGAUGCUCAGUCUAAAGCUCCUGGUAUCGAUGAUAUAAAGACCCUGGAAGAAAAGCUGCGGUCUCUCUUCAGUGAACAUGGUAAUGUGGGAACAAUGCAUCCCUCGGUGUCUCUGGAAACAUCACUGGUCAUGGAGACCACGGUUACCCCUGGGAUACCAACCACAGUUGUUGCACCAACUAAGCCCCUGACGUCCAUUAGCACUUGUAUACCUCCCAGCAGUUUGCCUCUUGGACCAAUUGGCUUGCCAGUGCUGACCCCAGUUGCCACUCCCGGGCAAGUGAUCACCCCGGUCAGCUAUAUUUCAGCGUCAAGCAGCAUGGCAACAGCAGUGGUGAAACCAGGGACCUCUCCUUCAAAGCCCCCUCUGAGCAGGGUCCCGGUGCUCCCAGUAGGUUCUGAGCUUCCGGCUGGCACUCCAUCCAGUGAGCCGCUGCCACCUUUUCCGGGACCUUCACUAACUCAGUCCCAACAGCCACUGGAGGAUCUGGAUGCUAAACUGAGAAGAACCCUUAGUCCAGAGACUGUUCCAGUGACAUCUGCUCCUGCCUGUUCUGUGCCCUCAGUAGCAUCUACAACGGUUACCACGCUGGUGUCCACAGCAACACAGUCUCUGAAGGAUGCUCCAGCAUCAUGUGGUGGAGAGAGCAGUGCUGUGGCUGCCACAGCAGGAGCCAGCGUACUGAAGAUGGGACGGUUCCAGGUAUCUGUGGCAGUGGAUGAUGUGCUGAAAGAGGGUGACAAACCUGAAGCUAAGCCUGUGCAGUUUGAAACCACCUCUACUGAUUCUUCAUCUCUUUCUGGCAGUAGCCCAGAGAGCACUCUGGUGAAGCAGGCUGGCUGUCGGAGGAGCGAGGCUGUGGCUGGCUCUUCUCUGGAUGUGGUGGAUGGCAUCCCUCAGGCAGCUCCUGUGCUGCAGGUACCAGCAGACGUUGUUCAGCCUGCUAAGGUUGGGCGCUUUCAGGUAACCACGACGAUGGAUCAAGUGGGGCGCUUCUCCGUGUCAAAGACUCAGGAUGAGGUCAGCUGUGCAGAGAAAGAGCCGAUGACUCUUCCUCUCUCUGUGGGCUUGGAGCAAGUUGCUUCUUCAGCUGCAGCUCCGAAGAAAGAGUUGGAGUCAAGACAGUCCCCUCACAUGAAUGGUCCAUCCUCUGAACCGGAGGCUGCCUUCUUAAGUGGAAUGGCUAAGGAUUUGGAUGAUGGCUCAGGGAGCCCAGACUCCCUCCAGCCGCUGGGAUCAAAGAUCAGCCUUCCUGUCCAGAGCCUUAGCAACUCAUUCAACUCUUCCUACAUGAGCAGCGACAACGAGUCUGACAUUGAAGAUGAAGACUUGAAGCUAGAACUUCGUCGGUUACGGGAAAAGCACCUUAAAGAGAUCCAGGAGUUGCAGAGUCGCCAGAAGCAGGAGAUUGAGUCACUGUACAUGAAGUUGGGAAAGGCUCCACCUGCAGUGAUUAUUCCCCCAGCUGCACCCCUUUCGGGAAGAAGGAGAAGACCUACUAAAGGAAAAAGCAGCAAGUCCAGUCGCAGCAGCUCCCAGGGAAAUAAAAGCCCUCAGCUAUCGGGCAAUCUGUCAGCUCAAAGUGCACCAUCAGUCUUGCCCCCACAGCAGACUCUUCAUCCUCCUGGUAGUGUGCCAGAGACUGGGCAGAACCAUUUGUUACAGCCCCUCAAACCUUCACCUUCUAGCGAAAAUCUCUACUCUGCCUUUACCAGUGAUGGUGCCCUUUCGGUACCAAGCCUUUCGGCACCAGGCCAAGGGACCAGCAGCACUAACACAGUCGGGGCUACAGUGAACAGCCAAGCACCCCAGCCUCAGCCUACUGCCAUCGCCUCAAGCCGGAAAGGGACUUUCACAGAUGACCUGCACAAGCUGGUAGAUAACUGGGCCCGAGAUGCCAUGAACCUGUCUGGCAAGAAAGUUGGCAAAGGGCAUAGCAACUAUGAGGGCCCUGGAAUGGCAAGAAAGUUCUCAGCACCAGGUCAGCUCUGUAUUUCCAUGGCUUCUUCCCUGGGUGCUACACCCAUCUCUGCAGCAUCAGCUACCUCUCUAGGUCCCUUCACUAAGGCCAUGUGCCCCCCACAGCAGUUCAGCUACCCAGCAGCAUCCUUUGGCGCUCCGUGGAGCGGGGCGGGGGGCCCAGCACCGCCCCCGCUCGGCCAGUUCCAGCCUGUGGGGGCCGCAUCUCUGCAGAGCUUCAACAUCAGCAACUUGCAAAAGUCCAUCAGCAACCCUCCAGGCUCCAACCUGCGGACCACUUAGCUGCGCUCGGAGACCCUGCUGGCUAGACCCUGGGGCAGACCCUGGGAGGGAGAUGGGGCUCUAUCGGCUACUAGUGCUGCAGCCAACUGGUAGCUUGCCAGACUGGGAAUGAUCUUCUCUUUUCCAACCAUUGCUGUCAGCUCUCUGUAAAGGGAGUUUCCCCACACACUCUGCAGGGGGAGGAGGAUGAUCAGCAUCCUUCCGAUGGGACGGUGCUUUUGACCGAGGGAUUCUGCUCUUGUGUGGAAAAAAGGGCUGUGAAGAGAAGUCGAGGGGUCGGUUCAAGUAGAAUUUCUCUCUGGUUUGAGGCUGAAUCCACAUGUGUUGAGGUGGGAGAGCUGAAUCCUAGCAUGAGGCUUUAGCAUGCUUCUCACCUCUCCCUGAAGAACCAAGACCAAGAGAAAAGCUGUCCCAAUCCCCCUCCUCUCCCGCUCCCCAGUUAACUGUACCUGGCUCCGAUGUGGUGGGGCAUGCAGAUGGACUUGCAGUGCAGCCCGUGCUUGAUAGGUCAUUACUGCUUUAAGUAAGAUAUUAACAGCUUUGACUGCAGCAUUAGAGCAAUUGAAAUUGUUUAAAGAUUUUUAAAAGUUCCCUGCGGACAUGUACUUACCAUCAGUUUUGAUGUGGAAACACUGUGAUAUAUAAAUGUUGUUGGACAACAGUAGUUUAAAAAUGAGUGGAAUAUAGAGGGUUAAAAAAAGUUAAAAAGAAAAAAAAAUGGGAAAAAAAAAGCUAGCUAUAUCCUUAUACUUAUUGGAGACACUUUAACUUUUUCCUUUGUAUUUUCAUUGUAUUAGAUAAAUAAAUGUGAAUGUAAAAUUGUAUAAAUUAAUGUACUUGAAUACUUGUCUGUUCUCCCAGUAUGCUUGCUGGAUAUUUUAGUGCCUUGGACUUCUCUCGCUUCUGCAGUUAGCAUCUUCCCAGCAGACCCCCAGGUGGACAGAGGGCAAGUUGAGGGUAGGAGGGCUCGCUGGUGCCCAGUGGCCAGGGGGUUUGUGUAGGGUUCCUGUUGGCAGUGGGAAGGCAUUAGGGCAGCAGGCUGUGUGUCUCGUCCAGGCGGCAGAUCUGAAG